ACUUUCUCUCUUGAAUGCGUACCCCUCCCAUAACAAUAGAAGAGGGGAAGACUUGCCCCCCGUGUAGGGAAUCUGUUAUUGUUUGGACGCCAUUGCAUUGCAUAUAGGGUGUUUUCACCCAUGCAGUUUGAUCAACCGUUGUCAGGUGCCGACGAUAGCAGAUUUUGCAACAACUUUUCGACUUGAAGUUCUAGGGACGGCUUAUUUUUUUUGUCAAAAUCUCCACAACAUGCCUGUCAACGGAAGAACCUGUUGCAGGGCCCUGCAGCGGGUCGUACCUCGGCUGAUCCUCGUCACCGCCUACAUCUUCUACCUCCUCUUCGGCGGCCUGGUCUUCUCCAUGAUCGAAGGUCCGAGGUACGACCAACUCGUAGCCGAGGAGGAAUACGACUUCGAGAUGGCCAAAGAGCUGCUCAUCCAGGCCUACGGGAACGACACGAGCGGUAUCGACGGAGAUGAUGUCUUCGACAGACUUAAGAGGUUGGUCUAUGCUGCGGAACACGGCGAUGGCGUGAUGAUAGGUCAGCAUAACAAGACAAUCGUUAUCGGAGAGGAGUGGAACUUUGGGAACGCCAUGCUGUUUUGCAUGACCAGUAUCUCGACAAUUGGAUAUGGUCAUCUUGUUCCUCAUACAUUCAUUGGAGGCUUGAUCUGCAUCAUGUACACAAGCGUCGGGAUACCUCUGACAAUGCUUCUGCUCGCCGACCUCGGUCACCUGUUUGCAGUAAUCAUCAUGAAAAUGUACUACAAGUGUCUGGCAAUGUGUUGCAGAUGCGGGAAGGACAAAGGACAGAAGAGCAGUCAGCGUAAUUCCCAAGACCCAGGAUCCGUAGCUGGUGGCAGCGGUGGGAUGGAUCCCAAUGGAGAAAAGGAGAACGACCGGGAGCUAGAUCUUACAGAGAUCGACGUUACCCCUGAGGAAGAGGGCGCACUGCAUAGUCCGAAUGGAGCUGAGAACCACCACGUAGACGAACCCCAGAUCCAGGGGAUCGGUUACAACCAUCAACAGGACAUCGAUGCUGACGACGCACUGCUGGACGACGUCCCGAUUUUUCUGCCGCCAAUCGUGUUCUGGAGUUACAUCAUCCUCAGCGCUCCUAUGUUUGCACUCAUCGAAGGUUGGUCCUUCCCUACGUCCAUUUAUUUUCUCUACAUCUCCAUCACCACCAUCGGUUUCGGGGAUGUUGUACCGGACUGCUCCAUCGGGCUUAUCUUUGCUUGGAUGGGUCUGGUCACCACGGCGACAUGCGUCGUUCUUGCGUACCGCAAGAUCCUCAAAGUGGCCACAUGGGUGCUAGAAUUCCUGGAUUCACUAGUCAGAAGAGAACGUAUUCGGCAGAGGGAUGCACGCUAUUCUAGCAUGUCGAUUUAGAUACCUUAAUCGCGAGUUUUUGCUGACGACGCACAACGAAUUCAUAACAAAUAACAGCCAAGAAGCCCGUGUCGAAAAU